UAUACAUGUAAGAAGUCCUACAACACAAGUUUACUCUUUAAAAUACUUAAAAACCCCUCUGAUUUGUUUACUUUCCUGAUUAGGUAGCAUAUUUAUGUGACGAGUUUCACAGACAUAAAACGUGCAAGACUAGAUAUGUCAAAUCACAUUAAAAAUUUGCCUCUCAAGUGUCUAAUAUGUAAUCAAAUCUGUUCAAGUCUAUUUACCAUGAAGGCUCAUAUGUUACAUCACACUGGAGAGCGUCCUUUUAAAUGUUUGUCAUGUGAGAAAACCUUUUUCCAACCAAACCAUGUAAAGCGUCAUUUGUUGGUACACAUUAGGAAGUGUUCUUACAAGUGCUCUUCAUGUGGAAAAUCCUUUGCGACAAAAGGGAAUAUGAAGACACAUGCAUUGGUUCAUACAGAAGAGAGGCCCUAUAAGUGCACUUCAUGUGGAAAAUCCUUUGCAUCAAAAAGCCAUUUGAAGACACAUGCAUUGGCUCAUACAGGAGAGAAACCUUAUAAGUGCACUUCAUGUGGAAAAUCCUUUUCAUCAAAAGGAUGUAUGACGAGACAUGCAUUGGUUCAUACUGGAGAGAGACCUCAUACUUGCACUACAUGUGAGAAAUCCUUUACAUCAAAAGACAAAUUGAAGAGACAUUCAUUGACUCAUACAGGAGAGAGGCCCUAUAAUUGCACUACAUGCGGAAAAUCAUUUACAUCAAAAGACAACUUGAAGAAACAUUCAUUGGUUCAUACAGGGGAGAGACCUUAUACUUGCUCUUCAUGUGGAAAAUCCUUUCCAUCAAAAGAAUGUAUGAAGACACAUACAUUGGUUCAUACAGGAGAGAGACCUCAUACUUGCUCUACAUGUGGAAAAUCCUUUAAAGCGAAACUUGGGAUGAAGAGACAUUUGUUGGUUCAUACAGGAGAGAGGCCCUAUAAGUGCACUACAUGUGGGAAAUUCUUUGCAGCAAAAGGUUACUUGAAGACACAUGCAAUGGUUCAUAUAGGUGAGAGACCUUAUAAGUGCACUACAUGUGAAAAAUCCUUCGUGUCUAAGAGCAAAAUGAAGAGACAUUCAUUGGUUCACACAUAAAAGAUACCUUACAAGUGCACUACAAGUGGAAAUAAUCCUUGAGUCUAAGACCGUUAUGAAGACACAUAUUGCAAAGAUUCAUACAGGAGAGAGACCUCAUAAGACCACUUCAUUUGGAAAAUCUUUUGAAAACAAAUAUGAAAUAAGGAUAAAUUUAUUCAUUCAUAAUGGAGUUACACCUUCAACAUUUAAGUGUAUUAAAUGUUAAAAGUUGUCUGCAUUUAUAAGCCGUUUGAAGAAUCAUAUAAAAUUAAAUGAAACUAUACAUUCAUUCAAUUUACAGUAAUUCAUUUAAAUAAACUAAAAACUAAACUUGAACAGAAUAAAGGUUUAUGAAGGGGGAAAAUGCUGAAAUUGUUUUUUAAAAUAAAUGUUUUAAUGAACACAAGAUGUUUAGAACAAACUUUACAGUUUAUUUUAGCUAAUAUCUAAACAGCAUAAGCUUAACUUCUUUUAGGUCACAGA